UUGAAACCGAAACCUGGUGGCGUUCUAGGCCCACGCUUCUCGGGCGCGAACCACGUUUUUUCGAGGCGGUCUGUGGUGUUUUCGCAUGUGUUUUUGCCCCGAGCAUGCAAAAUGGCACCUAAGAAGUGGCGCUUGACAGCGGUGCAGGGACCAACAUGCGUACCGGUCGUCUCUUUCUCGCACGGCUCGCUAAAUGCUUCGACGCGGCUGCCGACCACCGUCUACGAGCAAAAGGUGACCACUGCCGGCCGCUCCAAGACCCGGCGCAUCCUUGCCUCCGAAGCCGACGGCUUGGAGUAUAUCGGCGAGAACUACGGCGAACACGGACUCCGCGCCAAUGCGCAAUGCAACCACUUCGUGGCCGUCGAGAACGUGAGCACGGGAGCCGUCUCGCUUUACCCGGCCGACCUGAUCAGCAUGCGGCCUUACUUCGCUAGAUCGGCGCCGAGCGACAACGCCUCGAAAGCGCCGGACAGCAAGACGUUUCGCGAGAAAGUCGACGCCCUCGCGACAGCCUUCGGUAGCAAGCGCAAGAGGAAGGCGGUCGAAACGCGUCUCCGUCUCAACGUCGAAGAAGACACGCUUCACGAAACCACAGCCAGCACGCUGGCCGCCGUCAAGGACAGCCUGGCGGCGCUAGAAAACGACUCGACAGGCGGCGGCAAGUCUUCGACGCUGGUCGUCGAUUCGAUACCGCCGCAGAACCGCCAAGCCACGAUCCCCCAGGACGUGUACCGGAUCGAAGACGUCAUCCCGCCAGAGCACAACGACUACCUCGACGAAGUGGCCCAGCCUCUGCUGAACGCGACGCCCGACGAGAUCGCCCAGUGGAGAUCGGAUGCCACCUACCCCGAGUACGUCAUCAACCGCGUCCAACGCCUUUCCAGGGACCCCGAGAACCGAGCCAUCGAGGCCAGGCUUCUAGUCUUCUACUGCAUGCUGGUCUCGAUCUCACGGUUGAGGUACACCGACGUGAAAAAGAAGGACCCGAUACCCGACAUAGCGCAACCGCUCAAAGGGAUCCUCCUGGACACGUUCACGCUGACAGCCCGUAGCGAGCGGGGCGUGACGUCACGUAGCUUUCCGCAGCGAAUGAAGGACAAGGUGCUCGCCUACAUCCUGGUGGUCGUGCUGAUACUGGAGGACUACAAGUUCGACUUCAAGACGGUCCAGCUCGACACCAAGGCGUCGGACAGGACUCUGACGACGCUGGCGUACGCGCUCGGAUGUCACGUGGGCACGAAAAAGGAGCCGGGUUCGCGCUUGGGAAGCAAGUUCCUCGAACUCAAGCUGCCCCUCGUAGAUCCCAGUCAGCAUCAGAAAGCCAAGAGGGGCAGAAUGUGAAACCGAGUUUUGUGUUGCAUAAAGGAAUGUUAGAUAGUGACGUUACAGAGCUGGUCACGUGCAAGCUAUGUAUAGUGUCGCAGUACCAUUCCGAAGGUCAUUGAACAGUCUCAUUGGAGGCUGGUCAAUACCUUGUGAACGCUUUCCUGUUGCACUGAAGCAGUUUUAAUGAGGCCUUGAAGCUGCAUUUUACGCAAACAUCAGCUGCACGUUGGAAAAAGUGCGGUGAACUUUGAAAAUGAUCUAGUAAGCCUCUGACAAAGCUGGUAGAGAGUGAAAAAGCUGCACUGACAGUACAGAUGAAAUGUGCUAACAACCGCUGCUUCGCCGAUUCCUAGAAGAUCUGGAAGAGUGUGCGGGAGUAAUUUGUGGUCUCAAACGAUUGGCUAAUGACAGGUGUCUUCGGGUUGCUGUCACCCGACUUCAGUUUGCAGUGACAUGGCAUUUUGAAAAUCACAAAACUCGCCUUGCCUUUGAAAAGAGCGAUCUUGUUAAUUCCAUGCACUACAGAUAGCUACAAAACUUGACAGAUGUUCACAGUUUCAUGCUCUAACACAAUAAUGUGUUGACUCAACAAGCUCACUGGAGAGCACACACUGUGAAGAAAUGGACUCUUCAAAACGUUUGUGUUUGCCCUGUCCUUCCAGCCUUAACUCCUGUAUGCUCGGCAACAAUUCAAUGAGAACAUGUCAGCGUCUCACUUCAGUUCAUGCGUCUACCAAGCAUUAGAGGCCAUGUCUUACGCAGCCAGCAGUGUUGUGGACGUCAUUUAAGCUAAUAUGUUAUAAGUUGAACCUGUCCAUAUACCUUCGUAUAUGGACAGGUUCAUCCAUGAAAGUGUUGGAAUGUACCGAGUGUUUCACUGUUAAGAGUCUGGCAUAAAGUGCGAUUCUGAACUAAGGCA